ACUAAAAAAGAAUUGUAAAACUCCGUCACUAAGUUUGGCUGUUUUCGAAUUUAACUACUCAAACUGCCGUUAGAGGGGGUGCGGAGUGAUAUGUUUGUGUUUACUGAACGCAUGUCGCUCGGUGAGUGUUGCUGUUCACGUCCGAUUUAGAGAGCAUGUCAACGGCUUACUGGACCACGAUGCAAGACGGCAUGGAGCUUCUAAUCUGUUGCCAUCUUCAGGAAAGUUCUGAGACGGAAUGUGUGGGCUGGUAGUAGCUGGGAUUUGAUCCCGGGUUUUCUGAUUACAAACAUUGUGACAUCGCUUAACAACUGACUUACAACAAACCCGGUGAUUUAUCUCAGUCAUUUUCACUCUGAGUUCAGUAAUUCUACCUUCUAGUGGAAACCAGGUGAAAACAUUUUGUUCGUCCUCUCUCUUUCAGAGAAACAUUUCGGUCGCAUUCAUCUACAGCACCUUGAAAUGUAGUCGUUUGGAUGUUGAACUAGUUGACCGAUGAUUUAAGGAAUCAGAAUAUACUCUCGAUGCCAAGUAAACAUACCGCCACACUUAAUAGCAGCAUUUAAUGUUGUUGCUAUGGUUACAAUGGCAAGUCGCCAUAUCUGUCUGGAUGCGGACCCUGGGGAGUAAACAGAAGAUGCUGUAAACAAGAAGCCCAGAGCACCCGGUCACCAUGGGGAUGAAAACAGCUAGGUUUCUAUGCAUUGUGGUAUAUUUGUCCAACAAGACAGUGGUUAAUUCCUGGUGGUGGUUGUAAAGCAAACUACAUAUUCCCAGAGAGGGAAGGCAACAACCAGCACUUCCCGCCGCCACAAGAUCUUUGUAUGGCUAUUGACGAUAUUGACUGUCCCUUCCAUAACGUACUCACAUCAGAAAAUUCAGAUUAUGGUCAAUGGUAUAAGGUCUCGAACACUUGACCCUUCGAUUUGCAACCCGACAUGUUAAGCACUAGGUCAAGCUCGGCCCUACUACAGUUGAAAGAUUUCUCGAUUUGUUCGAAAGGUUACAUUGGAUCGACUACAAGAACGUUAUUUCUCCACGUAAAGAACACAACACAGGAUAAAGUUUAUGUCGGUAAAAGAGAGAGACUGUUAAUCAAUAUAGAGAUUUAGCCCUGACCUAACUUUCAUAAGCUUGCUCCUGAGAUUUUAUUGGGAUCACGAAUGAAAAUAUCGCUAACGACGAAGUUACCCAACUGUUGAGAAAUGCAUUCUAAUCUUUGAACAUGGCGGCAUGAUGGACCAUGACGAUGAUGCAGACGUAGCAAUUAAUUUAUCAACCAAUCAGCCUAUUAGAUCGUCCUUGACCACACCCACUUGGAACUCUGAAAACGAUAAUAAUGAUUGUCUGCAGGUAUCUAAGGAUCAACUGGUCAAGAACACUAGUGUGUCUACAAAUAAAGAACUGGACAGUGAGAGCGGGACUUCGACGCCCCUCUCGCCUGUAUUGAUGAUGAACUCACAGCUUUUAGCUCACCACCAAAUGCAACAGUUGCUACAACAACAAAUACUGUCUCCUGCGCAACUCCAACAGCUCUUACAACAACAACAGUCGUUGUUCAUUCAACAGCAACAGCACCAGCAACAACAGCAACAAAUCAAGCAACUUGAGUCCGUCAUUCCUCACCUUCAAGAACAGUUACAGUUAAACAUGAUGCAACAAAGUCAGAUCUUACAACAGUUAAACAAUCUGAACAGCGUAACAGCUUCAAGUGCCAAUGGUCCAGGAGACAAGGCUAAAAGUAGCAGACAACAGCUUCAAAUGCAGCUUCAGCAGCUAGCCUUGCAACAACACCAACUGAUGCAACAGUUGCAGCUGUCACAUCGCUACAACAUACUAGGGCUACCUCCAUUAUUACUGCCACAAGGAAUUACUUCCGGUGACCUCCAGAAUCUGUGGAAAGACGGAACAAUUGGCUUAGAUGAAGGAUCUAUAAAUGGAGGAUUGAAUGGAUUAGUUCACAACACUCCUACGACAUCUAGUACAGCCUUGUCGGUUCUUACUCCAAAUCGUUUACUUAAUGGACAAGAAGAAGGUUUAUCAAAUUCUGUGUCAGCUUCCAUUGCUGGUGUCAGUGGACAAAAAAAUUCCAUCUCUUCAUCAAAAGACGAAAGUAGUCGGCCUUCAGGACCUCUCGAGCAUCCUUUGUAUGGUCAUGGUGUUUGUAAAUGGCCUGGAUGUGAAACUGUUUGUGAAAGCUAUCAGACAUUUAACAGACAUUUAAACAAGGAGCACCAGCUUGAUGACCGGAGUACAGCUCAAGCUAGAGUACAGAUGCAAGUAGUGUCUCAACUAGAAAUCCAGCUAACCAAGGAAAAGGAGAGGCUUCAAGCUAUGAUGAAACAUCUUCACAUGAGGAAUUCAAAUUGUUUGUCUCUUGAUUCUUCAAAACUUGAGUUGGCUUUUCCCACUCUUACCAAACCAGCAUCUACGUCACCACAGCUCUCUCUAUCAACUGGGUCGGACUCAUCUCCUGCUACUCUCCUCUCGGUUGCCUUGACGACAAUGGCCAACUCAGCACCGUUGAUGGCGAUUCCACCAAGGCUUAUUCCACCAAAUCCUCCACCUUUACACCUUCCUACUCCUACUAGUGCUGGUCCAAUCCGACGCCGUCUUAGUGAUAAAGGGUGUCCUUCACUAUCAGGUUUUGAUGUGUCUCUGUCCGAUUCCCCGAUGAGACGACGUGUUGCAGAAAGAUCGAACUUAGAUAUUACCGAAGAAAUUCAGAGGAAUAGAGAAUUUUACAAGAAUGCUGAAGUAAGACCACCUUUCACAUAUGCCUCCUUGAUUCGACAGGCAAUUAUUGAAUCUCCAGAAAAACAGCUGACUUUGAAUGAAAUCUAUAGUUGGUUUCAAAACACCUUUUGUUACUUCCGCAGGAAUGCAGCUACUUGGAAGAAUGCAGUGCGUCACAACCUUAGCCUUCACAAAUGUUUUAUGCGUGUCGAGAAUGUUAAAGGGGCAGUCUGGACAGUGGAUGAACUAGAAUUCUACAAACGACGGCCCCAAAGAAUUCAGGAGCGUAUUGCAGGGCUUCAGAUGGGAACUCAAACUACCACCACACAAGCUCCCUCUAUUGGCCAAAAAAGUCCAACUCUUCACCAGAGUCUUGGUCUUUAUGGCGAAAACCUUACCGCCUCGUUACAGGCAGCAUUAGCAGAAAGUAACCUGGCCUUUUUGACCACCUCUGCUUCUGGGGGUACUACCUUUUCCUCUACUCCUACCUCUACUCCUACACUCACAUCAAGCUCCACUAGCCCCUCUUCAGCUAUGAACAGAGUAAUUGAAGGAGAUCACUAUAUGAUGGAAAUGGUUAGUCAGAAUCUGAACAAUGAAAGAUCAAAAAGCCACACAGACAAUGAAGUUCACAUUAAACAAGAAAAGUUUCUUGAAAAUCAUCCAAAUUGUGAGGACAUCUCUAAUGAGCACCAACAAUCUUCAUUAUUCCAUCAUUUUGAGGAAGACAGUGGUCAAGGCCAAGAAGGAGAAAUACCAGUACACAUUGAAGAAGCUGAAGAUCUUUCAAUUCCUGCUAAUGUUGUAUCAGGAAAAGCUUCCACUAUGUGCCCUUAGGACAUAUGCAGGGCAAGACUGACCAAUAAUAAACAACUACCACAAAAAAACAAAACAACUGACAUUGUAUAUGUAUUAGAAAACUGGCAUAGCUAUGUUUGCAAGUAGCAUUAAGAAGAUGCAAUCUUUCAACCAAUGUGUCUGGGCUCCUAGAGCAAGCUGUCUUGUUGUAGUUAGGGCAAUUAUUUAGAUGAGAGCCAGCAUGAAUACCUCAGUGCGCCAAGGUUCCUUGCAUUCUACAACUUAUUGACUGCCUCAGGUGGAGAUCAUGUUCCUGUCAGAUUUGAAAUAAAACAAAAAACUAAAAGUUUCGUUUAUAUGUUUCAAGACUUUCAGAAAGUUGGUAACGAACUAGUAAUUGCUGUGACCUGACCAAUAUCUGUUAACUAAACCCACCUUAAAGGAAAAUCGUUUCUCUUAUGCUGCAAGCAGUGAUGCUGAAAAGUUUUCUAGUAUGUUUUCUGGACAUUCCUUGUGUAUUAUCUGUGCACUCAUCCCGUGUGUCUUGUUUCUUUUUAACACACACACUACCAUAGUAUCCCCAUCUUUCUACAAGAUCUAGAGUUCAAAAGAGCAGUCACAGUACAGCUGAGCCAUAAACAUGGUGGAGUUAUAUAGAAUGAGUCAAAUAAUUAUUAUUUUUGUAGGAAGAUAGCUCUCUUAUUUGUAUUAGUUGUUUUAGUGUGUUUUUACACUCGUCCUAUCUGUUAGGGCAUAUUACUAUUUGUGGCUCAUUGAUGAAGAAACAUUUAGACCAAAUAUAGUCAUCAGCACAUGAUUGUUUGAUAUAUGAAUUUAUAAUAAAAAAAAAUUCAUGUUAUAGCUUAGUUUCAUAAACAUGUUGGCCAUUCCUCUUUUUUUUUACUUAAAUAUCAGUAUACAUUAUACCAUUUUUAUAAUAUUGUGAUGAUUAUGCAGUGGUCGUAUAGAUUGGUUUAUAUAAUCAUUUACGUUAUUAUGUCAAGAUUAAAAAAACAGAAAAUUACUUUUCUUUUUAUCUGUAUAGUUUGGGUGUAAUGAACGAACCUUUUCUAGACUUACUCAUAUUCAUACGAAAACUAAAUUCAAAAACAAAUAUCAUCAUUGAGAAAAUAUAAUUCUUUUUUUAAACAACUCUUGACAAUGAGAAAGUAAGGUGCUUGGUGAGUGUGUGUGUGUGUGUGCAAAAGAGUACAACUCUGCCUUGGGUUCUAACACACAACCAGUGUACACCCGUCCCCCAAUGUGUUUUAAAGAUGUAAAUACCAAUGAAAAAACGAUAGAGAUCCUAUGGUAUUGGUCGCAAAAGAGUUUGAUUUAGAUUGCCUGAGUUCUAGGUUGAUAAGUCUUCAGGUAAAUAAUCUGUAUUUAGAAUGCGCACAAUUUGUGUUUUGGUUUUCUUAGGUUUAUUGCAAUGUUAUGUUACUAACUUAUAUGUUAUGUUUGUACCCGCAUUACCUGAUAACUCUCAUUGUUUUACUUAAACUCUUCUGUUUAAAAUCAUUUAAGAUACAAAUCUGUAAUGAUAAUUUAUCAUUAGCGACAAAAGUCAAAAGAUCUCAUCGCCUAGAAAACUUCAACGUUCACUAAUUACGUCUGUAUCUGAAAAUUAGUAUACAUAUUAAACAAGAAAUACAAAGUCAUUUAAUAAUGUUUAAUGACUGUUCUUUCUCAUUGCAAGUUGUAUUAUAUCAAUACAUCUUUUUUUAAACGUUACAAUUAACAGGCUGGACAUUACACAACGACAUUUUUUUAUUCAACGUCUGUAAAUUUUUUAUAAUUUUACUAUGCAUUCAUAUUUUCAUUAGGUUUAUUUGGGUAACUGACUUGAUUACGUGGUUUUCAAACAAAAAACAAUAGUUUAGUUAUUAAAUCUACAAUAAAUUUUGUAUCUAUAUACAAAUAUUAUGAAUAAUAUUAAUAAUAUUUGUAUAUAGAUACACAAUUUAUUGUAGAUUUAAUAAUUAACCUAUCAUUUGGAAAAUUUAAAGAGGAAGAAGAUUCUUUAAACCUGUAUUCACAAUUAUGCUUUCAGAAAGUUAUUAAGAUCAUAAUGUAUUGAUUUGAUUGUUCAAGACAGAAAUGUGCCAUAAUUCCACGUCUUCUUUUCGUUAUAUCUUAACAUCUUAUCGACCACAACACAACUUUUCUUUACUCUGCAAUGUAGCUUGAUGUAAAAAAGCUAACGAUUGUAAGAGUUAUAGUACAUUAUUAUGUUAUAUUUACUUUAAUAUACCUUUGUAGAAUUUUUAACGUCACCCUGAUGGUCUACAUCAAGUUAUUUAAGAUCUAAUAGAGGUUUUACUGAACACAGAAAAAAAAUCUAUAUUAGUGUUUGAAUGUCUCUUCUGUAAAAUAUAUGUAGCUGUACUCGAAAGGUGAAAAUACGGUAUUUUUGUAGUUUAAAAUAAAUAUAGUAAUGUAAUACAUUCUUCACAAAAAAAAAUCUAGUUAUACUUUUUCAUUUGUAAGGCUACCUAGUAGUUUCCAAGAAUAUUGUGUUUAAUUCCAAAAUAGCUGAAAUUAUGUAAACAGUGGGAAAGUUUUUAAUUUGAUAUGAGGCAUGGCAUAUCGUCUUUACAGAAGUAUGGCAAUCUAGUCCUAGAAGUGUUCCUGUAGUAUUUUUUACAUAUAUUUAUAUCAUCAAGCCAAAUCUUUGUGUGUUUUGUGGACUAGUUCUUUUACCUGUAUGGUUAGUUAGUGUCCAAAGUGAUGUUGGACUUUGGGUUAUAAUGGUUCGUAGGCAUGUCAAUCUUUGCAUUUCAAGAACUGAGUGGAAAUACUGUUCACUGAAUUUCAAAUGCUGAAGAGGGACACUGGUCUCUGUACUCUAGGGCAUUGGUUCUCAAAGUGUGGUCUGCGGCCCACAGGCUGGUCCAAAAUGCUACGGCCUAGGCCAUAUGAGAGAACAGAUGAUGUGAGAUCGGUAGGUGGUUCGCGGACGAAAAAGUUUGAAAAUCACUGUUUUAAGGAGUGAGGAGGAAUGCUGGUUUGUGUUUCAAAGGUGCGUGAGGAUGCUUGUUUCAGAAUUUUAAAGGAUAAGUUUUAAAGCAUAAAUAGGAAUGUUGGCUUGUGGAUUACAAAACGUGAGUAAGAUAUACUGACCUCUGAAUUCCAAAGAAUGAAUAGAAAUACUGCCCUCUGUUGUUUGUAUUCAAUUGUUAUGGUUUGGGAUAGUCAAAUGAAGUAGUGCACUUACAGCAAUAACUUUCCAUUAUCAUUUUUUUUAGUAAAGGCACGAACUUGCUGCGUAUUGGAUACUUGUAGAAUGUCUAUUGCAGGUUAAAGCUUAUUGUAAAACCUGGCAAAAACGACCAAAAUAAAGCAGGUAAAAUAGCAAGAAA